AUGGCUCACAUUACCUUACAACAUGUUGCGCGCUCAUUAAGAACAAAUGGGCCUCUGAGUGGAGGAUUCGGAUCUUGCAAUAUCUCUGGAUUUAUCAAUGCUAUCGGCAACACACCAAACAUUGGAUAUGGCGCAAGGCACAAGUCUACAAUAAGCUACAAUAAAUGUUCAAAGGAUGGCUCUGAUAGGCAAACAAGAUCAACACAUUCCCAAGCUACCGCUUCUUUAAAUGCUUCUAGCGAGAUUCCUGGAACGAGCUCCCUUGAAUGCAAGUUGUUAGAAAGCAUAGACUCACCCUCAGAUUUGAAGAAUCUAGAAGAAGGUGAACUUUUAAAGCUAUGCGAUGAAAUUCGUGACUUUUUAAAGCACUCGAUAAACCCAAUAGGAGGUCAUUAUUCUGGAAAUCUGGGUGUUGUAGAACUCACUGUAGCUCUUCAUUACAUAUUCAACUCUCCAGAUGAUAGAAUUGUGUGGGACAUCGGUCAUCAGGCAUACAUCCACAAGAUACUCACGGGAAGACGUAACCACAUGAAAAACAUUAGACAGAAGGAUGGAAUCUCUGGGUUUUGUAGAAUAUGGGAAAGCCCUCAUGAUCAAUUUGGUGCAGGUCAUUCUUCCACCUCUAUUGGAGCUCUUCAGGGUCUCUACAUGGCUGAUUAUACGUUGAAGAAAGAUGAAGGUAGAAAUUACAUUUGUAUCAUUGGUGACGGAGGAAUGACCGGAGGUUUGGCUUACGAGUCUCUAAGCUACUCGUGUACCAUAAAAUCACCAUUGGUGAUUAUAUACAAUGAUAAUGAACAAUCAUCAUUACCCACGGGGCUGCCAGCCAUGAAUGGAGUUGGCCCUGUAACCCCGUUUUUCAUGUAUAAUAGAUCGCAAAUGAGUACAGUGUCUGGAAACGAAGCUAUUAAUUUGAUGGAUACAUCUGGACCGAUUGAUAUUCUUGGACCAAUAGAUGGGCAUAAUAUGCAAGACUUGCUAAAUGUUUUUAAAUAUAUUCGCGGUUCAAGUUCACGUGCAAAAAAACCAAUAAUUGUGCAUGUAAAGACGAUAAAGGGAAGGGGAUGUGAUAAAGCAUUACAAUCACUUGAUAGACUUCAUGCCAUCACUCCCUUUUCUCUAUUCCCUAUGGAUGGACAAAAGGCUGCAGCAAAACCCCAGGGCUUUUCGGAGCUUUUUAUAAAGACCUUGAUAGACAUUGCUGAAACUGACCCGAAAGUAGUUGCAAUAACAGCAGGGAUGCCAAGUGGUACCGCAGUUGGUAAAUUCGGCAUGAAAUAUCCAACUAGAACAUUCGAUGUUGGAAUUGCAGAACAACACGCUGUAACUUUUAGUGCAGGUUUGGCACUUGGAGGUGCAAAGCCAUUUUGCUGCCUUUACUCUACGUUUUUACAGAGGGCCCUUGAUCAAGUCAUUCAUGAUGUCGCACUCCAGAAUGCUCCUGUUAGACUUAUAGUAGAUAGAGCUGGUCUUGUAGGAAACGAUGGAAGUUCGCACCACGGCAGCUACGACUUAUCGUUUCUACGUCCCAUACACAACUGCGUAUUUAUGGUUCCAUCGAGUGGAACAGAGCUUGUGGCAAUGACAAAGUUAGCGCAUUCCAUAGAUGACAAAAUGUCCGUGAUAAGGUAUCCAAAGUUAGCUGCAGAGGUGGAUCCUAACCUAUCAAUAGAGGAGAUAUAUUCCGAAAUUCUAAAGUUUAAAAGCAGAGUUGUGCAAUAUGGAGACUCCAAAGUAGCGGUGCUAUGUCUUGGACCAAUUUUAUCAGAUGCAGCGAAAGCGCUUGAGAUACUAAAUUUGAAAGCAACUCUUGUAGAUGUUAGAUUUUUAAAUCCACUUGAUACGGAACUCAUAGACAAGAUUGCGCAGGACCACGACGUUAUAUUCACGGCUGAAGACGGAACUUCAGGAGGCUUUGGAUCCGCAGUUCUAGAGCACCUAAGUGAUACAGGGGUAAUUAAACGUGGAAUACAAGUAAAAACUAUAAGGUAUCCCCGUGCCUACAUCCACCAUGCAACGCAAAAAGAACAAAGAGAACUCGCAGGUGUUGAUCACGUAGGUAUCGCAAAUCAGAUUAAGCAAGCCUUGUGUUGCUAA